AUGGCAGUUCCAAAAAAGCGCACCUCUAUAUCAAAAAAACGCAUUCGGAAAAAUAUUUGGAAAAGGAAGGGAUAUUCGGCAGCAUUGAAAGCUUUUUCGUUAGCGAAAUCUCUUUCUACGAGGAAUUCAAAAAGUUUUUUUUGUGCAACAAAUAAAUAA